AUGGCUGCCCGCCUGUGGAUAGUUGCCCUGGCCUUGGCUGUUCUCUUCCUUGUGGACAGGGAGGUGUCCGGUUCGGCAGAUAAGUUGGUUUUCUGGAGAAUGCCCAUCUGUGAACACAUGGUAGAGUCUCCAGUCUGCCCCCAGACAUAUGACCCGGUCUGUGGCACUGAUGGGGUCACGUAUGAGAGUGAAUGCAAGCUCUGCUUGGCUCGGAUAAAAAACAGACAGGACAUCCAGAUCCUGAAGGAUGGGAAAUGCUGA